AGAGCCGUCACAAGCCAAAUUCCGAACACUUACAUAUUCCACAACCAAAAGUGGCGCGCCUGAGGCGUAUUUCGAUCAUCUUACUUCGGGGAAUUCAGGCUUUUUUUGUUGUUUUUCGGUGUCAUUUUAUGCGACUGCUGAGGAGCUGUAAGAUAGGAUUGUUGGCUUAGUUUGGGCUUGGGCCUAGUCACACAUUUCAGUCAAUAUCUUAUCAUGCCGGCUUACCACUCUCAGUACACCAGCCCACCAGGCCUGGUGGCCAACAUGGCCCUGCUGCCGGUGCGGACCCAGUACCGAGGCCCUGCACCACGUGCAACAGACUCAGACAUCAUUGACGAGGCAAUAGGAUACUUCAAGGCCAAUGUCUUCUUCAGGACGUAUGAGAUCAAGAGCGAGGCGGACCGCACGCUCAUCUACCUAACCCUCUACAUCACCGAGUGUCUGAAGAAGCUGCAGAAGUGCGCCAACAAGAACGCCGCCCUGCAGGAGAUGUACACGCUGGCCAUCUCGCGGUUCGACAUCCCCGGAGAGGCCGGCUUCCCGCUGAACUCCGUCUACGGGAAGCCCAAGGACGAUACCGAGGCCGACCAGAUGCGCCAGUACCUGACCCAGCUGCGCCAAGAGACCGGCCUGCGGAUCGCCGAGAAGGUCUUCAGCACCGAGGACGGCAAGCCGUCCAAGUGGUGGCUCUGCUUCUCCCGUAAGAAGUUCAUGGACAAGUCGCUGGGCGGCCGCGGCCAGUAGGCGUUUCUUCCGUUACGCCCCGGGCCGCCGGCCGGGCGGGAGCGGUACUUUGUGGACCUAAACGUGCUUUUGUAUCCGUGAAGGGGAGGGGAGCGUGGGCGAUAUGUGAUCAAACGGCGUGGGAGGGAGGGGGAGGGGAGGGGACAGCGCCGCCGCCGACCGAGCCGACUGGUCAGCUGGUACUGGGGGGGGGGGGGGGGGGCUCACCUUUCCAAUGCCGCCAGCAGGUGACGCUGGCUGCCGACUGAUUCACGGCGGAUAUGAUGAUCAUGGUGUAGUAGACCUCAUCGAGUCCAUAUUUAUGUGAUGCUUUUACUGCUAGUUAAUACAUUUAUCCGUUAGACGGC